AUAAAUGACUAUAAGAAGAAAAAACAUAAAAAACCUACUUUGAGUGCCAAAGAACUAAAAUUGCAUGGCCAAAUUGUUUUCAAAAUUUUUGCAAAACCUUUCACUAACAAUUGGAAUAUUAAAGAUGAAUUGCGUUUAUUUGCACUCUGCUUAGACUCAUAUGCAGAGUACUUAGAAACAGCCAAUCAAAAGCAACAAAGCCGUCAGUUAAUGAUGCAUCCUGUUCGUCAGGUAGAUGUUGAUGUGUCAGUACAACAUGUUGAGAAAACUAAUGCAGUGUCCAACACAUAUGCUAAAUUGGAUUUAGCCCUUUCGGAAAUGUCAUUUUUUGAACCCUUAUAUUUUGAUGAAACAACUCUUGCUUCUGAGAAUAUGAAUAGUUCACAGAGAUACAAAUUUUUGAACAACCUUGCUUUAUCUGUAGAUGUGCACAUUCUCCACUAUGAUCCAGGUGCAGGCUUAGGUGCAUUGACUUUUUUUUGGAAGGUCCAGGAUAACAUUUCUAGCAAGGAUAUGUAUAUGAUAGAUAAUCAAGUCAUUCACAGUCUGCGCCCAAAGUUACCCCAGUAUCACACCAGAAAAAUGCGCAUGGAAUUUUAUUCCAUCUAUGAGCGGAUUUCAGGUAUUAAUAUACCACCGCAUGUUCUAAGGUCUAUCUAUAGCACGUUGACUGGAGAUGCUAGUGCGGAUCAAAAUCCAGGGAUUGACCAACGAAUGCGUAUAGCAGUGUUGGCUUCUGAUCCAGAUCUUAUUAUAGAUUUGCGCCAUCUAAAUAAAGGACGUCCAGCUGACACCUUUGAAGUUUUUUUUGAUACCUUAGAUCAUGAACUUGAAGAACUGAAGGCAGCUGACGAGCGAAGACAUGGAGUUGAACACAUUUCAAGAUUUCUGUCUGUUAGGGAUCUGAUCAGUCAAGUAAAAGCUAAACUACCAGAAAAUGUGCCAAUUCCAAGUGAAUCUACAGUUCUUCUGGCUUUUGUACCCAAGAAUGCCCAUGCAAAUGUUUCAAAGUUGUAUAAAGGCCGUGUACCUAUGAAAAUGAAAGUGCAAACACGACAACUCAGAGCAAGCCAUCAAGAUGAGCAUUAUUGUGCCAGCUUAUUUAAGAUGUUGAGAGAAUAUGCAGUAAAGUUUAGAGAACAAACUUCUUUUGUAUGCAUGGAUGACAAAUCAAAAAUUGAUUUUGGGGAACCAGGGGUCCAUAUAUCAUCUGGUGUUCGUGGCAGGAAAUCUAUUGUGCCAGUUGAAUCUGCAUUAUCGUGUCUAGAUCAUGACGUCUCCAGUAAAGGCUCCCUUACACCAUCAGUUGUAUUGCUUGUUGACAUACCAGAGGAUGUAUCAGAGACAUUUUAUAGAGGACAAGUAGCACUCACAAUGAAGGACAGUAUUUUUCAACCAAGUACUCCCUUUAGACAUGCUAUAGAAUUAAAAAAUGUUCUUGAUGUCAGUGAGAAAAAACCUGUUCUUUUUCUUUACACAGAUGGUGGGCCAGAUCACCGUACUACUUACAACAGUGUAAAAAUGUCUUUAAUUGUUUUGUUCAAACAAUUAGAGUUGGAGUUCUUAGUUGCCUGCAGAACAGCACCAGGACAUUCCUGGGCAAAUCCGGCUGAACGGAUCAUGUCUUUGCUGAACAUAUGUUUUCAGAAUACAGCUUUGUCUAGAGAGGAAUCAACAUCUGAAAUUGAGCAAAUUAUUAAAUCAUGCAAUGGCAUGAGUGAGAUUCGCCGGAAAUCUGAAAAAGUUGACGGUCUGAAGGACAAGUGGAUCGAAUCCCUAAAACCCAUGAUGAAUAUGUUGGAAGAUCGUGCCAAGCGGGUUCAACUGAAAGGAAAACCUUUCAACGUCUUUCAAGCUGCCGAUGAUAUCGAUGUCGAACAGACAGAGGCAAGAGUAACUCUGAUUGACCCCACUAUAAGUGUUGGAAAAUACCAGCAGACACAUAUGACUAAGGCUAGAGGCUUUAAGGAAUAUAUUGAAAAGCACUGUCAAGAACGCCAUUAUGUCUUCCAAAUUCGAAGAUGUUCCGAUGCAGAAUGCUGCCUGCCACCUUCCAGAGAAUGGCAGUGGUUACCAGAUCCUAUUUUGGAUUAUACAGGAAAACACUAUAAACCAUUUGAAGCAGUAUUGGGUACAGUCACUACAGAAAAAGAUAGACCCUCAUCCAUGAAUCAGACGAUAGCAGCAGUUGCUCAGGAACAACAAGGUUGUGAAAACAGGAUACUUAUUGCCCAGAAUGUUAGAUCAACAGUAACAUGCACUGAAUGUGACAAACCCAGAUGUGUCUAUUCCAAGUUAAAGUUGACUCCCAGAGAUGUAAGAGCAUUAAAGCACACCAUUGAAAAAUAUGACUACAAUUGUGGAGCAAUUUUAGCACCUGAAGGUGAUGUUCUACAUAUUGACGGUAAAAGGGACGAUGCCGUUAAAGAGUUGGAAGAUUUAAAACAAGCUUUGGAGGCAGAACAAAAAAAGAUAAAUGAAAUUUCUGGAAAGAUUGAAAAGCUGGUUGGUGAUAAAACUAGACUUCUUAAAGAACAAAGAAUAAAAGCUCAAGCAAUUCAAUCGAUCCAGUCUCUCGAGUUUGAAAUUGAGCAGAAAUCGCUUAUUGUAAAAAUGCUACAGUAUGAAGUACUAAAGAGAGACUUUGAUCAAGGCAGCUUCAAGAAUGAAAAGACCCUAGAGGAUCAUAUCCAAGAAGCACAACAGCAAAUAAUAAAAGCUAAACACGACAAGAAUACACAAUCAACAAGAUCUCCAGAAAAUGAGUUUUGUCAACAAAGGUUUGAUACUGGGCAUGGAAUUAUCAUUGAAGGGAUAUUUCCUAAAGAUUUUACAUGUAAGGUUGUACCCUGGACCUCAGAUGAACGGUUAAACAUUAUAAAUAGUAAUGUUUUCCCCGAGGGAUUUACGUUGGAAACUGACCUCUUCUUUGUUAAAAACUCAAAGACUGGAGACCCAUUGGAUGGAAAUACAAUUCCGGCUGAGAAUAUGUUAUUGAAGGCCAUACUACCAAAAGAGAAAACGUAUGCAGAUGUGUAUUUUAAAUACAAAGGUGCUGUUAGAUUUGAUAAAACCUGGAAAUUGCUUGAGUCUAAGGAUAAAGAUAUUGUUUUUAAAGUCGAUGGCGUUGAAUCGUUUUGUGUUAUAUCCAUUCUACCAGAAGAAAGACAUACAAUUUCUCCUUUUGGAUGUCGGUUCAUCAGCCCAAUCGACAAUGGAAUACAAGUAGACUUUCCUUCGAAUGUUGUUGACAAAGAGGAGAAGAUUUGUUUUCAGGUACAUCCAGUUGACAUGACAUAUUUAUCUGAAAGAAAAUCGCAAGUUAAUGAUGAAAAAGUUUGUAUUUCCGCGAUAACACAUGGCCUUUCGUCAAAACAUAGAAAGUUCAAAAAGUCUUUGGAAAUACAGCUGCCUCUGCAAUAUGGUUCCGGACCGUUCGAGGAUGAUUCUGACUACAGGGUUUUUAAGUGGAACGAUGAUGGCUCAUUUGAAUUUGUUGAUAUAAGACCAGUCAUACUAAACAAUACAGCUUCUUUUUCGGCAAAUUCCUUUUCUGGUUAUGGUUGCGUAAGAACAACCAAAUCACAAAGCACUUCAAGUCUUGCAUCCGUAGUACAAGAAGCCUACGGAUUACGAAAAUGGUGUAAAAUCUUGUUUUUUGUUGGAAAAACUACGAAUAACAAUGUCCCAAUUAUGCUGGAAUGUGUAGACCUGCAAAGAGUGGCAGAGGUUUGCGAAAAUCGUAAAAAGUAUGGCUAUCGUUUUGUCUCGGAGUGGAUCAGCAAAGACUUUUUCCUUAUUCCAGAUAAAACCAUCAUAACAGUAGAUGUGAAAGGAAAGUUUGGUAUCCCAAAAGAGUGUAGUGCUAAGCAUCCAAAACUGUCGUUUAUUCCUGUUGCUCAGGAUAACUUUACACGUUUCCUUGUUGAACUUAAGACAAGUGGAACAGUUUACGGUGUGUUAUCAAUACGAGACAACAAAAGCGUUUUGGAUGAGAUAUUCUAUGAUCCUGCCAGUACUAAAAAACUCCCUUCUAAUAAGAAAAUCAGAGAUGAAUUGCUGGGUAACAGGAAUGACCAUUUGGUUAUAUCACGAUCGUCAACUACAGAAAAUCGAAUCGGAAAAGACACUGCAGACAACAGUUUAGAAGAUAAAAAAGACGAUUUCUUCACAGAAAAAGGUCUUUUGGCAUUAUCAAAAUUAAUGAGUCCUAGUACAAUACUGGAAGUCUGUGUUAACAUGGAUGUACCUAUAGCGCAAUGUGAGACUAUUCAGCAGAAAUAUGGGACUGGUUCCACGUUAGGAAACAUAGCCUUACUACAAACUUCACUUGAUCGGCAACCAGGCGACAAACAAUUUGAAAAGUUGAUAGAUGCAUUAAAUUCAGCUGAUCAACGAUCACUGGUUGAUAAAAUACAACACUUGCAUUCAACUGGAAAAGGUCUCCAUGAUGUGUGUAGAUGA